AUGCCUCGCAAGGCAAACCCGACCCAUUUCCUGUGCCUCCAACUCGCCAGCGCGCAGCUUUCCAAGAGCCUAACCGCGUUCCGGGCACACGUCACCAGCCCGGAAGGCUUCGGCAUCCCCAGCGACGCCGUGCGUCCGCCGGGGACCCUUCAUCUGACCCUUGGCGUCAUGAGCCUGAAACAGGAUCAAGUCGGCCACGCCGUGGAUCUGUUGAACAAGGUCAGGCCGCGGGACAUUCUGCAGCAGCUGAGGGCCGGCGGUGCCGCGGGCGCGGUGUCGAGCGCGUCUGGCGGCAAGGCCCAGGAGGGCGAGGGACUGCUCAUCAGCCUCCGCGGCCUGCAGUCCAUGACGGCUGCGUCCAGGACGUCGGUUCUGUACGCCCCGCCGAGCGACGCUCAAGGCAUACUAUAUCCGUUUUGCGAGAGGCUGCGCAGCCGGUUUGUCGAGGCGGGGCUGGUGGUGGACGAGCGUCCGUUGCGGCUGCAUGCCACGGUGGUCAAUACCGUGUACGUCGGGGGAGCGCGGAGGGAGAGGCUGAUGCUGGAUGCGCGCGAGUUGCUGGCGAGGUAUGAAGGGCACGCAUGGGCGGAGGAUAUGCCGGUCACGAGGGUGGCUAUUUGCAGGAUGGGGGCCAAGAAGAUUGGGAAUGGCGAUGGCGACGAGGCCUACGAGGUAGAGGGCGAGAUUGAGAUUUAA